GUGACCCACUGGGCGCUCCUCCCUUCUGCAGGCCAGGCCCUGUGGGCCCUCGCAGCCGGAGAGGCCCCGCGGGAAGCGCCUGUCGGCACCGCCGCUGGGGAGGAGGGGGGGGCGGGGCGCAGGCCGCCCUCGCGGCCACCCCGGACGUGGAGGUCGAGUCCGAGGCGGAGCUGCUGAGCGACGAGCGCAUCCAGAGCUCCAUGGAGCUGCUCGCCGAGUACUCCGAGGAGCGCCACCCGGGGCACACCCCGGGCCGGUUCGCAGGGCCCGGGCCCGAGUACGACGCCAUGGAGUUCGACGGUGUAAGGUGGAAGAUGCGGCCCCAGCUGGGGGAGGGCGGCGAGGCCACGAGCACUGCCCUGGCGCGGCUGAGUCAGAAUGAUCAGGCC